CCUUUCUUGACCGCCAUCAUCUCCGGGUUCACACAGUCCGUAACUGCGUACCUGUAGCCCCUCAAUCGCACGUUGAGGCCAUCUUCGUCUAUGCUGAGCCCAUUGCACUCAUUUCGCGAGACCCUCGUGGCCAGACUAUGCGAAACGAUGCCUAGCACAUGGUCCCUCUGCUACUGCAUGAUGACCAGGAGAACAUGCAAGACUGCCUCUCCGGCGACAGACCAUAACAAGCCAUGUCUAGGUGCUCAUUUUUGCUGGCUCUCUCGUCAGUCCAACGCUCGAAUGGGUCCGCGGGCUGCUCAAGGCAGCGACAGUCUCGCAUGCUGGAUCAACGGCCGCCACAUUCUUAUCUCUGUCGUCUUAAUUUACCUCUCUGGAGUGACGGACCAGAGACCACUCGUGCAGCACCAUCCAGAGCACGAUGCACGCCAUGCAGCCCUCCUAAAGAUGUGAUAUCUGCCUGCCUGCCAUGCUCCCGAAGUCGACAUCACGGUAAUUUCGUGCCGUAGGGCGACAUUGCGCUACCAGAAUCUUGUGUUUAGAAGACCCAUGACGAGGGAGGCCA